CCGCAGCUCGGUUCCGGCCCACCGGUCCGCGGGCCCCGCCGUGCGGCGCGCGCUGCUGCAUCUAUUUGCCUGCUCAGGACUGUCCUCAUCCCCACCCUGUCCACUGCUUCUUACCUAGAUUUUCCCAUUCUGGUUGCCUUAUCAUUCUUCUGGUCCAGAUCAUCUGCCGGGGGACACGUGGGUAUCAGGAAUCAUGAGCAACCCAUUUGCACAUCUUGCUGAGCCUUUGGAUCCUACAGAACCAGGAAAGAAAUUCUUCAAUCUGAAUAAAUUGAAGGAUUCAAGAUAUGGACGCUUACCAUUUUCUAUCAGAGUUCUCUUGGAGGCAGCUGUUCGGAACUGUGAUCAAUUUUUGGUGAAGAAAAAUGACAUUGAAAAUAUCCUAAAUUGGAAUGUCAUGCAGCAUAAGAACAUAGAAGUGCCAUUUAAACCUGCUCGCGUCAUCCUGCAGGACUUUACGGGUGUGCCCGCUGUGGUUGACUUUGCUGCAAUGCGUGAUGCUGUGAAAAAGUUAGGAGGAGAUCCAGAGAAGAUAAACCCUGUCUGUCCUGCUGAUCUUGUAAUUGAUCAUUCCAUCCAGGUUGAUUUCAACAGAAGGGCAGACAGUUUACAGAAGAAUCAAGACCUAGAAUUUGAAAGAAAUAGAGAACGAUUUGAAUUUUUAAAGUGGGGUUCUCAAGCUUUUCGCAACAUGCGGAUCAUUCCUCCUGGCUCAGGGAUCAUCCACCAGGUGAAUCUGGAGUAUUUGGCAAGAGUGGUAUUUGAUCAAGAUGGAUAUUAUUACCCAGACAGUCUUGUGGGCACGGAUUCGCACACUACCAUGAUUGAUGGUUUGGGUGUUCUUGGUUGGGGUGUGGGUGGUAUCGAAGCAGAAGCUGUCAUGCUGGGUCAGCCAAUCAGCAUGGUGCUUCCCCAAGUGAUUGGCUACAAGCUGAUGGGGAACCCCCACCCCCUGGUAACGUCCACUGACAUCGUGCUCACCAUUACCAAGCACCUCCGCCAGGUUGGGGUUGUAGGCAAAUUUGUCGAGUUCUUCGGGCCAGGAGUAGCCCAAUUGUCCAUUGCUGACCGAGCUACAAUUGCCAACAUGUGCCCAGAGUAUGGAGCAACUGCUGCCUUUUUCCCAGUUGAUGAAGUUAGUAUCAAGUACUUGGUGCAGACAGGUCGUGAUGAAAAAAAAGUAAAUCAUAUUAAAAAGUACCUGCAGGCUGUGGGAAUGUUUCGGGACUUCAGUGAUCCCUCGCAGGACCCAGACUUUGCCCAGGUUGUAGAAUUAGAUUUGAAAACAGUAGUGCCUUGCUGCAGUGGGCCCAAAAGGCCUCAGGACAAAGUAGCCAUCUCUGACAUGAAAAAGGACUUUGAGAGCUGCCUUGGAGCCAAGCAAGGGUUUAAAGGAUUCCAGGUUGCUCCAGAUCAUCAUAACAACUACAAGACGUUUAUUUAUGAUAAUAGUGAGUUCACCCUUGCUCAUGGUUCUGUGGUUAUUGCUGCCAUUACUAGCUGCACGAACACCAGUAAUCCUUCUGUGAUGUUAGGAGCUGGCUUGUUAGCAAAGAAAGCUGUGGAUGCUGGCCUGAAUGUGAAGCCUUACAUCAAGACUAGUCUUUCUCCCGGAAGUGGUGUGGUUACCUACUACCUGCGAGAAAGCGGAGUCAUGCCCUACCUGUCUCAGCUUGGGUUUGAUGUGGUGGGCUAUGGCUGCAUGACCUGCAUUGGCAACAGUGGGCCUUUACCUGAACCUGUGGUAGAAGCCAUCACACAGGGAGACCUUGUAGCUGUUGGUGUACUGUCUGGGAACAGGAAUUUUGAAGGGCGAGUCCACCCCAAUACCCGGGCCAACUAUUUAGCUUCACCACCCUUAGUGAUAGCAUAUGCAAUUGCUGGGACCAUCAGGAUUGACUUUGAGAAGGAGCCACUGGGGGUAAAUGCAAAGGGACAACAGGUAUUUCUGAAAGACAUCUGGCCUACCCGAGAAGAGAUCCAGGCAGUGGAGCGCCAGUAUGUCAUCCCUGGGAUGUUUAAGGAAGUCUAUCAGAAAAUAGAGACUGUGAAUGAAAGCUGGAAUGCCUUAGCAGCCCCCAAAGAUAAGCUGUAUUCCUGGAAUCCCAAAUCUACCUACAUUAAGUCACCACCAUUCUUUGAAAACCUGACUUUGGAUCCUCAGCCCCCUAAAUCUAUAGUGGAUGCCUAUGUACUCUUAAAUUUGGGAGACUCAGUAACAACUGACCACAUCUCUCCAGCUGGAAAUAUUGCAAGAAACAGCCCUGCUGCGCGCUAUUUAACUAACAGAGGCCUGACUCCACGAGAAUUCAACUCCUAUGGCUCCCGCCGAGGUAACGAUGCCAUCAUGGCUCGAGGGACAUUUGCCAACAUUCGCUUAUUAAACAAAUUUCUGAACAAGCAGGCACCACAGACUAUACAUCUGCCAUCUGGAGAAGUUCUUGACGUGUUCGAUGCCGCUGAGCGGUACCAGCAGGCCAACCUUCCCCUGAUUGUCCUGGCCGGCAAAGAGUACGGCUCGGGCAGCUCCCGAGACUGGGCCGCCAAGGGCCCUUUCCUACUGGGAAUCAAAGCUGUCCUGGCUGAGAGUUAUGAGCGCAUUCACCGUAGUAACUUGGUGGGAAUGGGGGUGAUCCCCCUCGAAUAUCUCCCGGAGGAGAACGCAGACACCCUGGGACUGACCGGGCGGGAACGAUACUCUAUCAUCAUUCCACAGAACCUCAAGCCUCGAAUGCAAGUCCAAGUGAAGCUGGAUACCGGGAAGACCUUCCAGGCUGUCAUGAGGUUUGACACUGACGUGGAGCUCACCUACUUUCACAACGGGGGCAUCCUCAACUACAUGAUCCGCAAGAUGGCCAAGUAGACCCUGGUUUCUUAGACGCCUCCACGUGGAGCUGCCCCAGAGGAAGCGCCUGUGCACCAGCCCAGCAACCUGGGUGAAGAAACACCCCUCCCCCUCCAUGCAGGGGCGCCUCCUGGCAGACCCAGUACAUGGGCACUGCAGUGCUGGUGCCGUUCCUCCAAGCACAAAAUGAGCAGUUUCUAUAUCCCCUCUUUUUCUAGUCUUUUUAUCUUUUUCUAGCAUUUGGAAGUUAGAGUGGUGGUAAUGUCAGUAGUGCCAGGAAAAAACAACUGAGCUGGUCUUUAAAAGUUACUGAUCACACCAGGUUGAUUUUUCACUCUUGUUAAUGUUCAGCUGAACAUAAAAAAGUCUCAGAGAUGUUUCCUCCCUUUUUUGUUGUUGUUCCUAUAAUCCUCAGCUCAGUGAAAACUUUUCCUUGAGGGUCAUUUUCCUUUGCAUACUGUACCAGUGUUAACUGAAAUGGGUAGAUAGAAACUUCUUCACACUUCAAAUCAUAGUAGUGCUUGUGAUUCUUCCCCUCCAGACACCUCCUGAACAGGUCAGACAUUGCAAUUUUUUGAUUAUGUGCCUUUUGAUAGCUCAAAUACAAAGUUUUCUUUUAAUAUCUUCAAAAAAAAUUUCCCCAGAAAAAUUUUCAUUUGUCAAAAGGAAAACUUAGUGUGGAGGUGGCUUUGAAGAGAAACAUGGAACAUUUCUAAUAUGAAUAAGAUUAAAUCUAUUUUCAAGAAAAACUUUUUGACUUUGGAAUUAAAUUCUGCUGUGUGUGUGUGACCAUAGUUUUGAGAUAUAUAGAGCAGAGUGAAUCUUCCACAGCCAUAUCCUGAGGCUUACAUGACCUUCAAAUUCUCCCGUUUUUAUGACUACAUCAGUGCUAUGCCAUUAAAAUGGAAGUGCUGAGGAACCAAGAUGUUCUCUGCCCUGUUUGGGAGCAGACAAGAAAGCAAUGGCAAUGACUGAAGUGUGGUGAGCAGAUCACAAUUCUUUGAUUUUUGUGCUCUAUAAUUUACUCAUUUUCAUCACUGAAGUUGUUUCAGGUCUGCUUCGGGUGCCAUAACAAAAUAUCAUAGAUGGCUCAAACAUCAAAAGUGUAUUUUUUCAUAGUCUGGAGGCUAGAAGUUCAAGAUAAGACUUGAGUUGAUUUGUUUCCUGAUGAGCACUUCGAGGCUUGCACAUGGUCCUUCCUCCGUGUAACUGCGUGAAGAGAAAGAACUAGCUCUCUGCUAUCUCUUCUUCUAAGGGUGCUAAUCUUACCAGAUCAGGACCCUUAUGACCUCAUUUAAUCUUCCAAGGAAGUAAUUAAGAUGCACACUCAGGUUGUGGCUUCAAAGUAUAAAUUGGGGAGGGGAGAGACACAAACAUGGAAUUCAUAACAAAUUAGUCUCUUGUAAUGAUUUUUUUUAGUCUUCGACUUUUACAUUCUGGGAAUAUGACCUGGUCAUCAGGACACCUGGGAUCAAGUUCUUUCUGCCCCUUAUCCCACAUAUGGGGUCAAGGCAGGUUAUUGAGCAUCCAGUUCUGAAGCCCUGAGGAUCUAGCUGUGUUCAUGAUAAAAAUUACAGAAUCCCAUUGUGCAAAAAAAAAAAAAAAAAAACUGUUAGGAUCAGUCCUAACAUAAAAACACUAAGAAAAGCUGAGAGAACAGUCAUCCACCCUCUUACCUUUUCAUUAUUGAAUUUCUGGGGACCUGUCUUAGCUCUUCAUAUCCAGUAGUUAUGGAGAAACAUUCCUGUACCAAGGACUUAUGGAUAAGGGAUCCCCUUAUUUCUAGAAUGGGAUCCCCUCACUUUUGGAUUCCCCACCUCUACCUCCAACAUACCCUCUGUCCUGUUCAUUAAUAAAGUGUCUUCACCAGUGCUAUAUCCUUGCCCCACCACAUAGCUGAAUAAACCCCUUUUACCUAAUUUCUCAUGAAGACACUGGUCCUCUUAUUCUUUAAAUUAAAAAUAUGCUGCUCUUACUGGUCCCAGUCCCUUUUUUCUUCCUUUAGUACCUCAAGUUUUGUAAACCCAUAGUGCCUGAUUCCUCCUAGGGAAAGAAGCAUUCCCUGAUGUGCACAGUAAGUUAGCCAACAAACUUAAUACAAUAAGCCACGUGCCUACGUCUAUAAGGCAGCCUUCAUGUGUGUAUGUACACCAUGUCUUUAUAGUGCAUGAAGAAGAAUUUAGGGGAAGGCUAUCUUAGUUGUGACUCUUAGUUAUGGUAUUGCCACCACCACUCAAACUAGCUUAAGCCAGAAAAGCAAAAUUACUUGGCUCACAGAACUUGAGGUACAGGGAUAGCCAUGGCCACAGGCUUGAAUGGGUCUAAUGAUUCAAACUGGGGCUUCUUCCCCAUUUUUUCCCUCUCAUUGUACCUUCCGUUUACCUCAAUCUUCUGGGCCACUCCAUGUGCCAAGGAAUAUGGCUACCAGCAUCUCUCCGGUAACAGUAACCUGUGACUUUCCAGGUUCGUCUCCCUACAUUCUCUAGGCUAAAAAUAUUGGGAGUUUCCUAGUCAUCUAGAUAGAAGCAGCUUGCUUUUGGCAGUUCGCUUUAAGGACAGUGUGGAAUGCCCUUAUGGGUUGUGCGAGAACAAUAUGGAGCUACUUCUGAAAAACAGGAACUAAGUUUCCCCUGCUGCCUUAAGAAGUUGUCAGAUGUCAUAGCCACAAACAGAACUUAACACCCAAGUAGUUUUUAUCACCCACAGUCUAGUUAUCGUGAACAAAGAUUGUCAUUACAGCUGAUAUUUUUUAGGUUUUCAUAAUUUGUACCUGUAGAUAUC